UUGCCCAGACCAUGUGGCUGGCUACAUUUAGAGACCAUCUGUUGCCUGCACACCUGCUACAUCAGCAAGGGACUGCAACCAUCACCCACUGUGCUCUUCUUUGGUGGAUAUUAUGUUCCUGCUGGUCAUUAACAAAGGCAACCAGCCAGAAAUUCUACCCAACUGUGACCACCCAGUUUGGGAAGCUGCGAGGCCUCAGGGUCCCCGUGCCCAGCGAGGUCCUCAGGCCCGUUGAUCAGUAUCUCGGGGUCCCCUAUGCUGCCCCGCCUGUGGGCGAGAAGCGUUUCAUGCCCCCCGAACAGCCCUCCUCCUGGUCAGGUGUCAAGAACGCUACCCACUUCAUGCCUGUGUGCCCUCAGAACAUCCACAACACCGUGCCAGAGAUCAUGAUGCCCAUAUGGUUCACCUAUAACCUGGACACAGUAGCCACAUACAUUCAGGAUCAGAGCGAGGACUGUUUGUAUCUAAACAUCUACGCUCCAACAGAGGAUGGGAGCCAACACAAGAAAAAGGGGGCGGCUUUCUCACAUGCUGAGACUCAUAUAUCUGAAGAUAUAAGGGACUCUGAAGCUCGACCUGUGAUGGUCUACAUCCAUGGAGGCUCCUAUAUGGAGGGCACUGGGAACAUGAUGGACGGCAGCGUUCUGGCCAGUUAUGGGAAUGUUGUCGUCGUCACGCUCAACUACAGAAUUGGAAUACUAGGUUUCCUCAGUACUGGUGACCAGGCAGCCAAAGGAAACUAUGGACUCCUGGACCAGAUUCAAGCUCUCCGUUGGAUAAGUAAAAACAUUGGUUACUUUGGAGGCGACCCGGGCCGCAUCACGGUCUUUGGAUCUGGAAUCGGUGCGUCGUGUGUCAGUCUGCUGACGCUGUCCCAUCACUCAGAGGGUCUGUUCCACAGAGCCAUCAUCCAAAGUGGCUCGGCGCUGUCCAGCUGGGCUGUGAACUAUCAGCCGGUCAAGUACACUCGCAUGCUUGCUGAGAGGGUUGGCUGCAAUGUGUUGGACACAGUGGACAUGGUCUCCUGCCUGCAGAAGAAAAGCGCUAAGGAGCUGGUAGAGCAAGACAUCCAGGCUGCCCGAUACCGCGUGGCUUUCGGCCCCGUCAUUGACGGAGACGUCAUCCCGGACGACCCAGAGAUCCUGAUGGAGCAGGGCGAGUUCCUGAACUAUGAUAUAAUGCUGGGUGUUAAUCAGGGGGAGGGGCUGCGCUUCGUGGAGAACGUGAUGGAUCUGGAGGACGGAGUGUCUGGCAGCGACUUUGAUUUUGCUGUGUCAGACUUUGUGGACAGUUUGUAUGGCUACCCAGAAGGGAAGGACACCCUGAGAGAGACAAUUAAAUUCAUGUACACAGACUGGGCUGACAAGGACAACCCGGAGACCAGGAGGAAGACCCUGGUGGCCCUCUUCACUGACCACCAAUGGGUGGAGCCAUCGGUGGUGACGGCUGACCUGCACGCCCGCUACGGCUCGCCCACGUACUUCUACGCCUUCUACCACCACUGCCAGAGCCUUAUGAAGCCAGUGUGGUCAGACUCAGCACAUGGAGAUGAGGUGCCUUACGUGUUUGGCAUCCCCAUGGUGGGCCCGACUGAUCUGUUCCCCUGCAACUUCUCCCGGAAUGACAUCAUGCUCAGCGCUGUGGUUAUGACCUACUGGACCAACUUUGCAAAGAGUGGGGAUCCUAACAAGCCCGUGCCACAGGACACCAAGUUCAUCCACACCAAGGCCAACCGCUUCGAGGAGGUAGCCUGGUCUAAGUACGACCCCUAUGACCAGCUCUACCUGCACAUCGGCCUGAAGCCUCGCAUCCGUGACCACUACCGCGCCACCAAAGUGGCCUUCUGGAAACACCUGGUGCCCCAUCUCUACAACCUCCACGACAUGUUCCACUACUCGUCCACCACCACCAAGGUCACCCCACUGGAUCCUACCCAGUCCAACGGUAAGAGAUCCGGCAGCACCGGACGGCCUCCUCUGUCCACCGCCCACAACAACGGAGAAGCGGGGAGAGAGAUGGGUCCUCUGAUCAUGCCGAACCCCAGAGAUUACUCCACAGAGCUCAGCGUGACCAUCGCCGUAGGGGCGUCGCUGCUCUUCCUCAACGUCCUGGCCUUCGCUGCUCUGUACUACCGCAAGGACAAGCGCAGCCGCCAGGACACGUCCCAGCAGCCCAGUCCUCAGCGCGAGAGCAAAGGCAACAACGCGAGCCACGCCACCACAGUGGACGAAACCCUUUCAUCCCAGCAAAGGAACCAGUGUGAGGCCCUUCACAAUCCUCUUCAUGUGUCGCCCACCUUGGACUACACGCUCAGCCAGCGCCGCUCCCCCGACGACAUCCCUCUGAUGACCCCCAACAACAUCACCAUGAUCCCCAACUCCCUAAUGGGCCUCUCAAACAUGAGUCCGUACAGCACCUUCCCUGCUGGCUACAGCUCCGCGGGCCUGCCCAGCACCCACUCGACCACACGAGUAUAG